GCAGCUUGUGAUUGGACACGCCGCUCAUCACUGCGCCCUCCUCCAGGUAUGUAGAAUAACAACAACUCCCCGUGGUGCACCGCGUACCCGUCCGCUAUUUAAGAGGGGCUGAUUUUAAUUAGACCAGGUUCAGUUUCAGCACAAGUCAAUUGUUGUGUGUUUAAAUAGGCGCGUAUGAAUUUAGCGACGGUAACUGUAACGGAAAAAGUGACGUCUAUCGUUAGUUAGUUACAAAGCUAAAAAAAAAUAGUUAGCUGCUCAAGUUACCAUCAAGAUAGCAUGUAAACAGUUAUCAGCAGGGAAAAUUAACGGUGCCCAGCUCUGAAAGUCUUUGUUUUUGUCUUUUUUUUAGCCGCUAAUAUCAGUGAGUGAACUUAGUCUCAUCGUUAGUGAGUGACCUUAGACCCAUUUGACAAAGUGAAAGACGGUCUCCGGUAUGUUUCCGUUAGACUCGCCUUGGAACAUCUCGUUUGCAGGUUGUGGCUUCUUGGGGAUCUACCACAUCGGUGUCGCCAGCUGUCUACUGGAGCAGGCUCCCUUUCUGGUGCUGAACGCCAGACAUGUGUAUGGGGCAUCAGCUGGAGCUCUCACCGCCACUGUCCUGGUCACUGGAGUAUGUCUCGGCGAGACUGGUGCAAACAUCAUUGAUGUUGCCAAAGAGGCAAGAAAGCGGUUCCUGGGACCCAUGCAUCCUUCCUUUAACCUGAUGAAGAUUGUGCGUCACAUGUUGCUGCGCUCUCUGCCAGAUGAUUGUCACCUCCAGGCCAGCGGGCGGUUAGGAAUCUCUCUCACCAGAGUGACCGAUGGAGAAAAUGUCCUGGUGUCUCAGUUUAACAACAAGGAGGAGCUGGUGCAGGCGUGUUUAUGCAGUGCCUACAUCCCAGUGUAUUGUGGCCUUAUUCCUCCUAGCCUGCAAGGAGUGCGAUAUGUUGAUGGAGGAAUCUCAGACAACCUGCCUCAGUAUGAGCUGAAAAACACCAUCACCGUGUCUCCAUUCUCCGGAGAGAGCGACAUCUGCCCCCGUGACACUUCAACCAACAUACACGAGCUGCGCUUCACCAACACGAGCAUUCAGUUCACUCUCCCCAACCUCUACAGAGUCUCCAGGGCACUUUUCCCUCCAGACCCGAUGGUUAUGAAGACCAUGUGUAAGCAGGGGUAUAAAGAUGCUCUGCACUUUUUGAAGAAAAAUGGGUUGCUUAAUUUCAACGGACCUGCCAGAGACAGACCCCUGCUAGCUAAUGCAGAAGAAAAUGAGGAUUAUGAUGAGGAUGAUGAUGACGACAGCGAUGAGGAGGAGGAAAAGCUAAAUGUGGAAGAGAGAGCAAUGGUGGUUCAUUCCGCUAUUGAAGAACUGGAACACCACAUCAUCGACCACCUUCCACCCAUCCUGCACCAAGCUCUAGUUGAGGCCUGCAAGGAGAGGAGGAGCCUGGCGCAGUCGCUUAGCAACCUGCUUCCUGUCAGGAUGGCCUCAGCCAUGAUGCUCCCCUACACUUUCCCUCUGGAGUCUGCUAUGUCCUUGACUCUCAGACUUUUGGAGUGGCUGCCAGACGUGCAGGAAGAUGUGGGGUGGAUGCGAGAGCAGACAUUGAAAAUACUACAGCACGUUCUACGCCAGGCCUCCAAAAGCAUCUCCCAGCAUGUAUCUGCCAGGUUUUCCUGUCAGCUGGAGCUGCACCACCACCAGUCCCUCCCUUCCCGGCUCGGCUCCACCGGCCUGUUUCCCACCUGGGUAAAUGGGGGCAGUACUUCAGUCCUGGAUGUCUUCAUGCGUCUGGAGCAGUACAAGAAGCAGCUGAUGUCCGGAGUGCUGUGCAUCAACAUGGACAUGCAAGGAUCCUUCAAAACUGCAUCAGUGUCACGAGACAAGAGCCCUCCAUCGAUCCUCUCUGACGAAGGCCUCACAAUGCACAUAGAGUGUCUUAACAUCCCACCCGCUGCCGACUCUGGAGAGGCCGUCAGUAAUUUUUAAGAGCUGCUGGCAGGUUUCUGCUGCAGCACUGAGGGUCAGAGGUACUUCAUGUAAAUUCAGGAACAUUUUUUAAAGAAGUCAAAUCAAAUCUGUUUACACCCUGACAUCUAGAUGUCUUUAAGAUGUCAGGAAGAUAUUUGUUUUCUAAUCAGGCCACAGUGUUUGUAAACGGUAAUGAUUUAACAUAUGUACACCUACUGUGUAUUAAAUGUUUUGACUAAUUCAUGACAUUAAAAUAAGUCUUAAGCUACAGUAUAAUCAGGCAAUGGACACAAUAUGUCUGUAGGUCUACAGAAAAAGACUUCAACACAGCACAUGCACCUAAACAGUCAUGUACAAACUUGAAUUACAAGAUGUUACAAACAAAAAUGCGCACUUGAAGUGGCAUAGUUUAAAUAGAUGAGUGUUUAUGUUUUUUGUGGAAUGUAGUCAGACCAGUAGUUAAGCGGAGUGUUCCUGCUGCAUCCGGUUAUGAGCUCCGUAAGUCACUUCUGCUACACGGGUAGCGAAGGACUAGAGACGGGAAAGCAGUGGAUUCACCACUCUGCCUAUUGCAGGUAGUUACUCCAUUUAUUUGAUGCAAGUGUCAAUGCAGUAUUAUGAAAAAAAUACACUGUCUUUAUGUUUAUAGAAUGUGAAUGUCUUAUGUCUUCACAAUUAUUUAUAUGAAAAAUACAAAACUGCUUUGCUCUGUUUUCCCAAUCAAAGUUUCUAUCAUGUUGAUUUACUUACACUGAAUUUUAAAUCUAUUCUAGGAUUUAUUUUCUGCUUAAAAUUCUGCUUAAAACUUUGUUGAAUAGUGAUUAAAAUGUUAUAAUGUUUAAAGCAUGUACAGUAAAUAAAAAAAAAAUAGAUUUCUGGUUAAUCAAAGAAUCACUAUAAUCUGAACAGCACUUUCUUAUUUAAUGUCACUGUUUGACAUUUUCUUUGGUAGGUAAUAACCUACCUUUUAAAGAUCUUUAUUUUCUCUUGUACUGUGUACUACAAGAAAUUCUAACCGUGUGAUUGAGCCUAAAGUUGUGCCUUAAACUUCAAUUAAAUAAUUGCCAAGUGAAUUUAACAUUGUAAAAAUGUUGCAGGGAAUAAUAUUUAUGUGAUCAUGAAAUAAACUGGUCUUGUUUAACAUGAA